AUGCAAUCCUUUUUUUUUUUAAAUUUUUCUUUUCCUUUUUCUUUUCCUUGCCGCCGCCGCUGCUGCUGCUGCAAAUACCACGCAUGUACCCAAUGCUCUUUUGCGAGAGAGAGAGAAAGUAGGAAGGGGGGUGGGUGGAUGCAGGAAGUGACAGUGUAUGCGACGGCGAUGCAGGCGGUCCGGCGCACAGCCGACAAUUGUCGCCGUAUGUUAGCGCUGCUUGACGCGUUUGGUGUGGCCGUGUCAGUUGUGCUUGUUGACUCGCUUGAGAUGCGGACAUUUGUGCAGGAAUUGUUGGCCAAACAGGAGGCCAUCGGGUGGCGAAAGCAACACGGCGGCGGAAUGACUCCAAAGUUCCAGCUACCGCUCUGCUUUGUUGGCCCCGUGCUAGUGGGCACGUACGAGGAGGUGGCGGAACUCAAUGAGACGGGAACUCUGCCGAAGUCGCUGCGCGCGGCGGGGUAUGGUGGUGUGUUUCGGGCUGCCGUUCAUGACGACAUCCCUGUGGGCAACGCGGCGGCACUUGCAGCAGCUGCCGCAUCCCACCCUGUAAUUGGUGAGGGGGGAUACGGCGGCGAGCGUAGCGGCAAUGGCGGUACGAAGGCGGCAGAUGCGGACGUUGACGAUGGCAACAACAAAAAUAGUAAUAAUAAUGACGACGAGGAUGGGUCUGAGGAUGAAAUUCCGCCACCGCCGCCGUCGCCGCCACCACCUGAUGAGGACGAGCUUAACGACGGAGCUGACAGUCCUUUGGAUAGCAGCGGCGUGGAUAAAGGCAAUAAAUUUGGUAUUGUUGACUUUGAAGAAGACGACGACGAGGAGCCGCCGCCCCCACCGCCGCCCGACGACGACGAGGAAGAAGAAGAAGAGUAUGAUGAAAACGAAUUUCCACCACCAUCACCUCCACUAGAGGACUGA